AUGGACUACUCUGAGGCAUCGCCAUCAAAGUCUGUUUCUUUUGCUUCACAUCAGCGUCCAUCUCGUCAAGUGACAUCAGAGCCAACACCGAAGAUACCAUGGACAUCGGGUUUCAAAAUUCCAGUGUAUACAGCCGAAUCCAACUCUAACAAUGAAACAAUCGACCUCCCACACCCCUACGCAGCAACACCCAUCUCCCCACGAACGAUAAGCCAACACCGACCAACGAAAAAGGACUCACCAGACAAAGAAUUAGCCUACAGCUUCCUAACCACAUUCGACGAAAUCUCCCUAGUAGACAGCAGCACAAGCAUCAAGGGCCAAAAUUAG